CAAUCUGAUGCUUGACAGCGGCCUCACGUUUUUACCACCGCGCACAGAAUCGCCAAAGCGUUCGAUGAAAAAACAUCUCUCGAUCGAUCAUUGAUCCAGCGUUUGUUUUACUCGCGUUCGAGGUUCGAUCUUGUAGUUCCUUAUAGUGUUUUUUUAAUCCAAUUGUGAAUUUUUUCUCGUGCGAUUGUGAUGGGUGAUGGCCUAUUUGAUGUGUUUAUUUGUGAAAUUAAUAUCGAUAUGGUACAUAGUGGUGAAUUUAGCUCAUGUACGAGUUACCAACGCUUAUAAACUACCGAUAUCCAACGAGACGGAUUUUGGCAACAGUUUAGACUUGGCGGAGAACAUUAUCGAUACUCAUACGGAUGACAUAAAUGAUAUCGUAACUACUCCAGAAACUUGUUCAGAUGCUGAUUGUAAAUUUAAGGAGAGAAAUGUUACGACAACAACGCCGCAUGCUCCAUUAUUCGGUUUCAUACCCAGAGAAUGUCCUCAAGAUCCACUACCGGAAUUAUUCCCAGUACGAAAAUGCACAUCGGAUCAGGAAUGCUGGCCUCGUGUAUGUUGCUUCGACGAUAACGAAUUGACCGGAUUUUGUCGUAUCGCUAUCCCCGUAUGGGAUCAAUUACCAAUGCCACGGAUCGUAUCCCCUCUCCGAACCGCUAUGGCAUACUGGCAAUGUACACCUCCGCCACCACCGAGUUACGAUCUAUUCCCAAAACCAUGCCGGUCAACUUUUGACUGUUUUCCUAAUUUAUGCUGCCAGGAAAAAGAUAAAAAAGUGUGUAGGCCGCCGAAAAAAUCAAUUCUAACGUUGAUAUCGAAUUUUGCUCAGAGAGAAAGCUGGUUCGGUUGACGAAUAAAUAACUUUCAAAAAAUUCAAUACAUUUGUGUAUAGUUUUUGUAAUUAGUUUUGUUUGUAUAAAUGUAAAUUUGUUGAUUUUUUCAUGUUAAUUUAUCUCACGUCUAUGUUGUUCUUUUUUAAAAAUAUUGUUCGAAAUGACAAUAAUAAAAACCAAGAGUAAAUCGUUA